AUGCAGGAGCUCCGCAACGCGCCGACGUUCCACGCGGGCCUGCCGACGGCGGGGCAGCCCCUGUCGGCCCCCGCGCCCGCGCUCCCCGCGGCGCAGCAGCCCCCGUCGGCUCCAGCGCCCAGGGAGCACCUCGCCAGCGCCGCCACGUUCUUGGUCGGGGCCCCGGCCACCGCCAACGCCUUCUCGUCGGAGGCGGAGCGCCUCGAGGCGAUGCGGAUGGCGGCGACGUGCCCCAGCCUCGCCGCCCCGGGGGGCUCGCGCGGAGGUGGGCCGCCACAGCCGCCACCCCAGCCGCCAGCGCUGGCACCGGGCUGCCCUGGAAAGGCGCAGGAGCUCCGGCCUGGUCGGCUGGUGGGCGUGGACACGGGCACCGCGCGCUCCCUCUUCGAGCCUUCCAUGGCGGACGACGCGCUGGGGGACCCCGAGGAGGCCAAGUCCAGGGCGCGGGAGUGGCAGUUCCAGCUGCGGGUGGAGGCCAAGCGGAUAGAGAUGGAGGUGAAGCGGAUGCGCGCGGAGGAGCGCCGCCUCCGCCAGAGGAUCGCGGCCCGGGCGCAGCGCGGGCACCGGCAGGACGUGCAGAUGCUCGCGGGCGCCCUGGUUCAAUCCCGCAGGGUGGCCGCCCGCCUGGAAAGCGCGAGGUCUGCGAUGGAGGCCUGCAGCCUGCAGAUCGGGGGCGCCGUGGCGGCCGCCAGCGCCGCCGGCGCGCUGCGGCUGUCGGGCGACGUGGUGCGUGGCCUAUCGCAGUUCGCCGCGACGCCCGAGUCCGGGGAGGCGCUCCGGGCCGUGGUGGCCGACAUGGAGCGCUCCGCCGGCGCUGGCGUGGGCCUGGGCGCCGCCGCGGCGGCGCCGGUGUUUCGGCCGGCGCCCGAGGCCGCCUCGGCCGACGAGGUGCAGAGGGUCAUUGACGAGAUCAACCUCGACAUCCAGCUUGCCCAGCAAGCUGCUGCCCCGGCGACGGUGGCGGACCUCGUGCGCCCGUCGGCCAGCGCGGCGUCCACGGUGCUCAACAUGGACAGCCCCGCGGCCACCACGGUCGGCCUGCCCCUCUCCGGCGUGGCACCCGCAACGCGGCUCCCCGUGCACGCAGCGCCGGCGCCGCGGGCGUGCCUGGCGGGCCCGCAGCCGGCAAGCGGCCCGGCGUAUUACACCCAGCCCCUGCACGCGGGGCACCGGCUGGUCCCAGCGGGCCUGCAGCCCUGCUAG